UUAAAUCAUGGCAUACCAGUGGAGGCAGCAUGGAUUGGGCUUAGUGAGCUGGACAGAGGUUAUGGGUACAGCUGGUCAGAUGGGAGCCCAGUAGGAAGCUGGCUGUUGAAUUGGAAUGUGGAUGAACCCAAUGACUACAGUGGCCUGGAGGCUUGUGUGCAAAUGCUGGCCAGAAACGGAAGAUGGGGAGACAUCCACUGCUCAACCCGACAAGGGUUUGUGUGUAAGCAACCAGCUCCAGGGGUCAACAUCACCAGACCCACCCCAGUGAGAAGGCAUGAUGGGAACUGUCCGCCCAACUUUAGCCGGUUUGGAUACAAAUCAUUUAUCACAACACUACUGAGCCAGUACAAAAUCUCUGCUUGGCUUGGGAUGAAGAGACUGCCCAGUGGUCAGUAUGUGUGGGAAGACAAUGAGGACCUUGGAUUCGAGGGCUGGAAUAAAAACCAACCAAACAGUGCUGAAGGAAAUGCCAGUUGUGUGUACAUGUCAGCAUCACCAGGCUCUGUGGGCAAGUGGAAUGCUGGCUCCUGCCAGGACAAGUAUGCAUACGUCUGCCAGGGAUUUGUGGACAGUGCUUUCCCAAGCAAUGUAGUGGCUCCGUCUGCUCAGUGCAACAUCACAGAUGGAUUUCAGCAGUUUUCAACUUCCUGUUACAAAGUUGUCAAUGAGUCAUUGUCCUGGCAGGACGCACAUGUAUACUGUUCUUCCUCAAAGUCCUACCUGGCAACUGUGAUGGAUGGAUUUGAUUGGGCAGAGCUCUACUUGCUUAGUUACAACUUUACAGAUGGUGUCUGGAUUGGGCUCAAUGAUCAGGAGUCUCCAGGAGUCUACACCUGGGACAGUGGAUACCCCGUCACCUACACCAGGUGGGCGCAUCAUCAGCCUCAAGAGAAAUUACAUGAGGCUUGUGUUUACAUGAAUUACACUGGACUCUUCCACAAAGGCCAGUGUACAGAACCUAGACCCUUUAUAUGUCGAUAUGAUGCAACCCCUCCUCAGGAGAUCCCUCUACAGCCUGGUGACUACUGCAGCAUCAGCAACUUUGUACAGCAUGGAUCUGUAUGCUAUCUUCAGGUGCUGGACAAGAAGUUCACCUACGAGAUGGCUGGCAGGGAAUGUGAACUCCAGGGAGCCACCCUGGCUUCUGUCCACAACUCAUCACUCACAUUCAGCAUGGCUCAUGGUCAGGGCAUGUGGAUUGGGCUGAGGGAAUCAGACAACGAGGGCUUCAGCUGGGAGGACUCAACUGUGCUGGACUUCACCAACUGGGCACUCAAUGAACCUUCCUGGCUGGGUGAGACUUUAGACCAAAGUUGUGUGGUCAUGUUCUGGGAUGGUCACUGGGCUAAUAUUGGCUGUGACAGCACAUAUGGCUUUUUGUGCAGUAUUCCUGCAGGUAGUCUCAUUUU